CUCUCUCUCUCUCCCCUCUCUCAGAGCGGGAAACUCAACUCUCUCUCUCUCUACCUCUCCGCCAAAUUUGCGGAUUUCCUCCAUUGAAGAAGCUGCUCCCACCUCUCUCUCUCUCACAUCUAUCGUCUUCAUCAUUUCCAGCUCUCUUCACCGUCCGCCAUGUGAGUACAUCUCUCCUCCUCCUCCGAGCUCUCACUCUCCCUCCCUCUCUCUCUACGUCACCCACGCGCCCGCACAGUUCGCUCGCACGUAGGUAAGCUUGUCGUCGCUGUCCGCAGCCAUGGCGGUCGCAUUUGAGGGUUUCUCCAUCCGGGAGUACGCGUCCAAGAUGAGGAGCGAGAACGUGGCCAAAUCGUGGCCGUUCGGUGGAGACGCCGGCAAGGAGCAGAUUGAGUCCAUCCUCCCUCCGAUCACCGUCACCAAGUUCCGCUGGUGGCUCGAUGAGCUCGAGGCCGCUCGCCCGCGCCAAGCUGCUGCCUCGGACGCCGCGUUUCAAGCGGAUGACGAUGUCGAGGGAGCUGACAAACCAGAGGCUCCUCCCUCGGGCUGUCUAGUAUGCGGCGGCCUCGGAGCUCCGUCCAUUUCGUCCACCUUGACUGCUCAUGCCGGCAAUUGCCUCGCCAUGAGCGAGGAUCAGGUGAAGCAAUCAAAUAGAGCAAAGUCGAAGUCAAAACCUCCGAAGAAACGCUCGAUUGUGGAAAUCUUCGCCGUGGCGCCGCAGAUUGAGACAGUGGCAAACAAGCCGAGCAGCAAUGGAGCUGGAGAUGCUUCCUGUAGUAGAAACCCCGGUCCAAUCAGCUCCAAGAAGAAGAAGAAGUAUAAGAAAAAGAAGAGUCCGCUGGACAAAGCUCGCCUCCUACCCGUGGAUAAUACAAAGAAGUUCAAGAAGAAGAAGAAGAAGAAGAAGAAGAAGAAGAUUCCCCAUGCACUUCCUGCUAUUGAGGAAAAUGCUUACAAACUCAAGCUGAAAACUGCAUCUGAUCGGAGUAUAAACUUGAAUAGCUCAUCUGAUGGAAUGCACACGAGCAGCAUCUCUGAUGGCAGUCUAAGCUGGAAGAAGUCACGAGUCAAGUCCUCCUCUUCCCACACAAAACAUGAAGCAAUUACGCCAUCUAAAUUUCAUGAAAGGCAGAAUAAACUAAAUGUUCCGGUUCGUGGCAUUCUAAAGAAACAAGGGAAAUUCUUGAUCAAUGAUUCAGAUUCCCAUAAUGCAUUUCAUUUGGAAAAGCAUGUGAAGUUCUUGGAUAAUGUUGAAAUACAAGGCAGUCAAGAAAACGUUCUCGUAAAUAUUCAACAGUCAGAUGGACACGCGACAUUUUCAGGUACAGAUAAGUUGAUUGGAAGUGAUGAAGAAUUCAGUGCUGUUGAAGUUACUAGCGGUGAUGAUGAUGAUCCCAUUUGUAUUGAAGGUGGAAAUCAGGCGCAAGUCACUGUUGAAAAGGAGCACUUGACUGAUGCUCGAGAUCAAGGCAUUGAUGAACAUUAUCCAAGUCCACGACAUGCUAGUCCUCACAGUUGCAGGAAUAGCCUCUUGACAGAAUCAAGUUCCGUAAGCCAAGUUCCGAAGUUUUGCGAAGAUUUCCAUACAUCUAUUAAGGGGAAGACAGUGGUGAUAGAUGAUUCCUCAUCUAGGGAGAAUUCGAGAUUCGUAUCCCCCAUUAGAGGAGCACAAGGUACCUACACUAACAUUCGACUAUCAGGAAGUACUUUUGGAUGCAACAUUGAUGGUCCUAGUCAUGCGGUUUGUGGAAUAAGUAUGAUCCGGAGUCCGAGGACAUCCUCACAGCCUACACCAUCUCGUCUUUUCCUGAAUGAAAAUCUCAAUGGAAGCUUUUCCCUUCAGUCGCGUUCUGCCUUUGGAGACACUGGCUGCCGCCCUUUGAUCUACCAACAAUUAUUCCCACAACGUCCCAUGAGCUUGAUUGACGGUCCAUUUACGCCUACUGAUCAGUGGAAUCCAAGACCUUGCUCCUUAACCGAAGAGUGCAUAUACAAGGAUUUGUGGGGGUUGCCUCUGAAUUCCCGUGGUGAGCUUAUUCAGAUGAAUUCAGCUUCAAGCAGCGGUUUUGUGCUCAACCAGUUAAAUAACUCAGGCAUGGUGUCAGGUUCUUCGGGUUCUUUUCCGGGCCAAAAUCUUAUUGGACCAAGUUAUGCGGAUUAUGACUUAAGAUUGAAAGAGAAUCACUUUGCACAGAGAUCACGUCGAAGAGAUCUGGACUUGUUUCCUAUGUAUAACUCUGAAAUUCGGGGCGCAAGGCCUGAUGUCUUCUGGCAAAAUCUCAACAGGCAAAAUCUCGACAGGCAUGUGGGUCCUUCUCACUUGCUCAAUACGGACCUGAAUUUGGUCAAUGUCUCUUUUAAUAUGUGCAGGGGACAUGGAUAUGAUUCAGUACAGCACCGAAAAGGAUUACGUAUGGCAUUUCCUUCUAAGGAAAAUGAAGAUAGAGUGUCACCAGACGUUACUCCUGUGACGAUGAGGCUUAUGGGGAAGGAUGUUGCUGUCUGUAGAAGCAACACUCGAGGAUCAGAGGAUGAAAAUGUUUGGACAGAUAAGGAAAUAAUUAUAGAGCAUCAUCCGCCAAGGGACCGAUUCACACAUGCCACCUUGCAGAAAUCUAAAGGACCGGUAAACCUUUCUUUUGAACCUCAAAUGAAUUUGCGGCGUGAGUCACCAGUGAAGGCACCUGAGUCUCUGCUUCUUAACCCAUACAUCAAUUGCCGACCCGAUACAGUACCUCAAAGGGACAGCAUUCCGGCCUCCAGAAGAAGUUCAAAUGCUGAACAGCGACCCUGUUCCCCCAUGAGUUUCAAUUUCACCGAUUUGAGGGAGCCAUUAGUGACUGGACAUCGACAAGCUUUACCAUCUCUUCCUCACAGAACCAGUCAGUAUAUUCACUGGGUUCCCGAGCCUCGUUGCCGCCCCAGUCCACCACACCCCAGAGCACCAGGUUUUGACUUUCCUUUUCUGCAAGGUGAUUGUGGGGAGUAUUUGCAACGAGAUUCAUUGUUCCAGAGCCCGUCUAAGGAUCUUCCUCCAUGGUUAUUGCAUUCGUCAGACCGAGGAAGGAGCACAGCAACUGCUUACUCCCUACCUUUUCCUGAUGCGAUACACAGGAAUCAUCCGUACCAAAUGCCUACAAAUAGAUUCAAUUCGUCUACGACAUUAGCUGCCUAUGGUCCCGUAGAUCCCCCCUCAUACUUGAGGAGUCCAUUUGGUUCAUUGCCUGCUGUUCGCCCUCAUCUCCUGGAAGCCGUUCCUGGGAUUGAACCAGUUUCUGCCGAGAAUGUGAGCUGCAGGAACAGAAUCAAUUCGAGGGAUAGAAUGAAGUCACCGGCCUUUGGUGUUAGGACUCCUGAUCUCUGUGCCAAGACUAAGAAGAGGCCUGCAGUGAAACCUGUUGAUCCCCCAAUGAAGAUUAAUAAAAUGCCAAACUUAGGGAUGCUAAAACAGCCGGUUGUCGAUAUAUCUCUGAUGAGAGAAAGCUAUUGUUCGGAAAUUGAAUGUAGUGGCGGAGGAGCAAUGGGACCUGAUUCAAACUCAGGAAAGUCAAGUAGCAACGGAUGUCUUCCUGACAAUAUUGGAGCUCAAAAGGACGGGCAAGCAAAUCUAACUGGAACUGAGAAGUUUAAAGCGAAGGAAACUGUCAAGCUGGGUCCAACAAAGCUAAGUGCAGGAACGAGGCACAUCCUGAAACCAGGUCAAACUGUGGACCACGAGAACUCGAGGCCGAUCCAUUCCAUGGUUCCCUUUGACGGCACGUCCAACAACAUUAUGAUCCCAGAAUCUCAGACCAAGUCGAUGAAAAUAUACAAGAUUUGAUAGGGAUUUUGUUGAUAUCUGCAGUUUCUCUUCAACUACGCAGUUUUCGGGUCCAUUCCGUAUUAUGACUUUUGGUUUUGUUACUCCAAGCUUCGUAAAUUAAAUGUGUUUGUUGCAGUAUGUGUAGAAGUUCUCUGGGAAGCAUAUUUUCGGGUUAUUUAAUGGAAGAACUUGCAUAUGACAAAUGUUUUGGAAGAUCAGGAACAAGGUUAUAUA